GUAUAUCAUAGACCCCUUCUAUGCAGAAGAAGAGUUGGAAGACUUCGAGGAAGAUGAUGGUGGGCAUGGAAUCUAUGGCGAUGAGCGUGAUGCAGAGGACGAUGAGAUUACUCCUGACAUGUGGCAAGAGGCUUGUUGGAUUGUGAUUAGCAGCUAUUUCGACGAGAAGGGCCUCGUUCGACAACAACUAGACUCCUUCGACGAAUUCAUUCAGACAUCAAUUCAGAAGAUAGUUGAGGAUUCACCUAUCAUCGAAUUACAAGCCGAAGCACAACACACAAGUGGCGUAUUGGAAACACCUGUUCAGUAUCGGCUGAAAUUUGAGCAGAUCUAUCUCAGUAAAGCAACUCACUGGGAAAAGGAUGGAUCCUCUGUUCCCAUGACGCCAAAUGAUGCUCGCUUGCGCAAUUUGACCUACGCGGCACCUCUUUACGUAGAUGUGAUGAAAAAAAUCAUUCGGGAUGAUGGCGAAGAGGAAAAACCACUUGAAAAGAAAUUCAUUGGAAAAAUUCCCAUCAUGUUAAGAUCUACAUACUGCUUGCUUUCCAUCAUGAGUGAUCGAGACUUAGCUGAACUGAAUGAAUGUCCCCUUGAUCCAGGAGGAUAUUUCAUUAUUAAUGGCUCGGAAAAAGUAUUGAUUGCACAAGAAAAGAUGGCGACAAACACCGUUUACGUAUUUCGACAGAAGGACAGCAAGUAUGCCUACAAAACUGAAAUCCGUUCGGUGCUAGAGCACAGCUCUCGACCAGCCAGCACAUUGUGGAUAAAUAUGAUGGCUCGUGGUGGCAAAGAUGGAAGCAAGCGAGCGACGAUAGGACAGCGUAUUGUCGCUAUUCUCCCUUAUAUCAAACAAGAAAUUCCUGUACUCAUCGUUUUCCGUGCUCUUGGAUUUGUUGCUGACCGAGAUAUCCUCGAACAUAUUAUCUAUGACUUUGAUGACACGGAAAUGCGCGAAAUGAUCAAGCCUUCUUUGGAUGAUGCAUUUGUGAUUCAGGAACAAAAGGUUGCACUGAAUUUCAUUGGUUCAAGAGGUGCGCGUCCCGGUGUGACAAAGGAGAAGCGUAUCAAAUACGCCAAGGAGAUUUUACAGAAAGAAACACUUCCUCAUGUUGGUGUUUCAGAUUUUUGUGAAACGCGCAAAGCCUACUUCCUUGGUUACAUGGUGCAUCGCCUACUUUUAGCUGCUCUGAAACGGCGGGAUGUUGAUGACAGAGAUCACUACGGGAACAAGCGGUUGGACCUAGCAGGGCCUUUGUUAGCCUUCCUGUUUCGUGGCUUAUUCAGAAAUCUAACGAAAGAGAUUCGAUUGUAUGCUCAGAAAUUUAUUGACAAGGGAAAAGACUUCAACCUGGAAUUGGCAAUUCGUAGUCAGAUCAUCACCGAUGGGCUUAAGUAUUCUCUGGCUACUGGUAACUGGGGUGAUCAGAAGAAGGCUAAUCAGGCCCGACCAGGCGUGUCUCAGGUGCUCAAUCGAUUGACUUUCGCAUCCACCUUAUCACAUCUUCGUCGGCUGAACUCCCCCAUCGGUCGCGAUGGCAAGCUUGCCAGACCACGUCAGUUGCACAACACCUUGUGGGGUAUGAUUUGUCCCGCUGAAACCCCCGAGGGAAGUGCUGUAGGCCUGGUGAAAAAUCUGGCUUUGAUGGCUUACAUAUCUGUGGGUAGCCAACCUUCACCAAUCCUUGAAUUCUUGGAAGAGUGGAGUAUGGAAAAUUUGGAAGAAAUCGCUCCUUCCGCAAUUGGAAAAACUUGUAAAAUUUUCGUCAACGGUUGUUGGGUUGGAAUUCACAACUCCCCUGACCACUUGAUGGUUACUCUGCGUAAAUUGCGUCGCCAAGUGGAUGUGAUUGUGAGUGAAGUAAGCAUGGUACGUGACUACCGAGAUCAAGAAAUCCGAAUUUAUACCGAUGCUGGUCGCAUUUGUCGCCCGUUGGUUAUCGUGGAGAAAGGAAAGCUGCUCUUGAAACGCAGCCACAUCGAGUUCCUAAAGGACAAGGCCUACAAUCGUUAUAGCUGGCAAGAUUUGGUUUUGAGUGGAGUGGUGGAAUACAUAGACACUCUGGAGGAAGAAACUGUGAUGAUUGCUAUGGGUCCUGCUGAAAUGCAAGCUGCANGCUGGCUGAAAUGCAAGCUGCAGUGCACUACUGUAAAACGCAUACCCAUUAUUCAUCCCAGCAUGAUUCUUGGCAUUUGUGCGAGCAUCAUUCCGUUCCCUGAUCAUAACCAGUCACCAAGAAAUACCUAUCAAAGUGCUAUGGGUAAACAAGCCAUGGGUGUGUACAUCAGCAAUUUCCACACACGGAUGGAUACGUUGGCGAACGUUCUCUACUAUCCACAAAAACCGCUGGUUGCUACUCGAUCGAUGGAAUACCUGCGCUUCCGUGAGCUCCCCGCUGGUAUUAAUGCGAUCGUAGCGAUCGCAACAUACACGGGUUAUAAUCAAGAGGAUUCUGUCAUCCUAAACGAAAGUGCUAUACAACGGGGCUUUUUCCGGUCGGAGUUCUACCGAACUUACAAGGAUCAGGAGGCUCGCCAUGGAAUGGAUCAGGAGGAAGUGUUUGAAAAGCCGAACCCGCAGCAAUGUCAAGGUAUGCGUCAUGCCAUCUACGACAAGCUGGAUGAUGAUGGUUUGAUUGCUCCUGGUACCCGUGUUUCUGGUGAUGAUGUCCUCAUUGGGAAGACAAUAACCUUACCGGAGAAUGAGGAUGAGAUGGAAGGUGGACAACGGCGAUACACCAAGCGAGAUGCCAGCGUAUUCAUGCGGCGAAGUGAGUACGGUAUUGUGGAUCAAGUCAUGAUCACAUGGAACAACGAGGGGAACAAAUUUUGUAAGGUUCGUGUGCGCACAACCAAAACUCCGCAAGUGGGUGACAAGUUCGCCAGUCGGCAUGGACAAAAGGGUACUUGUGGUAUUCGGUACCGACAAGAAGAUAUGCCGUUCACUUGUGAAGGCAUUACUCCAGAUAUCAUCAUCAAUCCCCACGCUAUCCCCAGUCGUAUGACUAUCGGUCACUUAAUUGAAUGCUUACAGGGAAAAGUUAGUGCGAACAAAGGCGAAAUCGGUGAUGCGACACCGUUUAAUGAUGCCGUGAAUGUGAGGAAGAUCUCUUUGCUGCUUCAAGAAUACGGCUAUCAGCAUACUGGCAAUGAGAUCAUGUACAACGGAUUCACUGGCCGGAAGCUGAAUUCUCAAAUUUUUCUCGGGCCCACCUAUUAUCAACGCCUGAAGCAUAUGGUCGAUGACAAAAUCCACAGUCGAGCACGUGGUCCGGUUCAAAUACUCAACAGACAACCCAUGGAGGGCCGUAGUCGGGAUGGUGGUCUCCGUUUCGGCGAAAUGGAACGGGAUUGCCAAAUCGCCCAUGGAGCAGCGCAAUUUUUGCGCGAGCGCUUGUUUUUCGCCAGUGAUCCCUAUCAGGUUUACGUGUGCAAUUUGUGUGGGUUGAUUGCUAUUGCGCACCAACGGAAUAAAACCUACGAAUGUCGAAGCUGCAAAAAUACAACUCAGAUAUCCCUGGUGAAACUGCCAUAUGCAUGCAAACUGCUCUUCCAAGAGCUCAUGUCGAUGUCCAUUGCGCCACGCAUGAUGGUUACAGGGACCACCUCACACUGAUUCACAUUUUUAGCCCGUUGUUCAUCUUCUUCGAGGACUCUGUAUAUAUCUUUGACUCCGCUGGUUGCACGUGGUUUCACGAACGUAUUGUAUACCCUGCCCGGUUUAUUACGGUGACCAUCGAAAAUAAACUGUGUUGAAUAUUCAGCGUACUCCAACACGUGAUGGGUAGUGAUGGGUAGAUUUCCUGCUUCCAUGGUCGCCGAGUUCGCAAUUCUGUG